AUGAGGCCUUUGUACCUGGUGCUCAGGCACCUAAUCUUCGCCAGCCUGGCGCGUGCCCAGUUUGGGGUUCAGAAUGAUAAGUCAGUUCUCGGUAUUAACAAUGAGUUCUCAGGCGUUUGUUACACAUAUGUUUCGGUCUACCCAGUCCUUGCCGAUCCCGAUUAUAUCACCAUCACAAAGCCCUACAGAGGCUCAGUAACAACGCAAUACACUGUCCCUCCGCAGGGCGAUGAACCUGGUAUUGUUAUUGUUGAACAGCCGGGCGCUUCAUCGGCGCCGGAGAAUGUAGUCAUCCCUGCGACGGAUGAUAGGUCUUAUGUUAUUAUUAUUAGACCGCAUUCAGGGCCGGAUCCGAUAUCUGCACCUAUUACGCAGGUUGUUCCGCCGAGAAGUGGACAGCCGGGACAAAUUAUUAUUGAGACGCCGGAGACUCGGGUUGGUGAUGCGACGCCGGGUGUGUUGCAGCCUCUUACGCUUGAGCCGAAGGAAGUGACUGGUUAUGUGACGGUCCUUCGACCAUUGACUGGAACAUUGGCGUCGCUGCAACUAAUUACUGUCUCACCGACUGGGACGAACCGUGGAUCGGUUAUUAUUAAUGUCCCGACAUCAGCGCUCAAUGGGGGAAGCCUCCAAGGUCUUACUCUCGAACCUGCACAGGAUGGCGAUUAUGUCACAGUGAUUGAACCAGCAGGCACAGCCUUCAGCGGAACUGUCCCAAUUAGACUAACAGUACCACCGAGCAAUGGAAACCCUGGUACUGUCAUCAUCCAAACACCUAUACCGGGAACUCUGAUGCCGUUGGCACUUGAGCCUCUAACCCCUAACACUUUGGGUGCCUUGGGGCUCGCUGGCCAAACGAUCACUCUUCAACCUGCCGAUGCAACCGGCUAUGUGACCAUCAUCGAACCAGCCGAAGGAAGCGUUACACCGACAGCCCCUAUCCGAACUACCAUUCCACCGACUGGUACCAAGCCCGGAACUGUACUCAUACAAACACCACCGGGCUGGAAUGAUGGGGGAGAUGGUGCAGCUUCCCAACCUACACGAACUCGCCCACAAGGUUCGGUAUCCUAUACCACUAUUACUCGUGGAGUGCCCAUGGGGAUGGGUGGCUCAGGAAGCGGAUCUGAUGGGGGCUCAAGUGGAGGAUCAGGUUCUGGUGAUGGGUCUGGUGGUGUUCAGGGCCAACCAGGUCAGGGCGGCGAUGACGAUUCAGGGCCGCGACAGACUCUCACCAUUCCUCCUGAGGGUGGUAACCCCGGUACUGUCCUUGUUCUCACACCUGAAGACCGCAAUAGCCCACAGACUGGCAACAACGGUGGCGACGAUAAUGGGGCCCAGGCUACUGGAGGAUCCAGUGGCGGGAACCAAGGUGGUUCAGGUGCUGGCUCAGGUUCAUCGAGCGGAGGAAAUGGCCAGAGUGGAAGUGGAGGGAGCUCCAACAAUGGGGGAUCUGGAGGUGGUACCAACAGCGGUAGCGGUAGCUCUGGACAAGGAGGCAGCUCCAGCAAUGGAGGCUCCUCUGGAAACGAUGAUGACCCCGUAAAAGGCGGUGUUCAGGGGUCCGGCUCUGGAUCAGAAGGCGAUGAUGACGGUGCAUCAGGAAACGGAGGAUCUUCAGGCUCAAAUAAUGGCAAUGGGUCUGGAAAUGGCGGGUCAUCGAGCUCUGGUGGAUCUGAUACCGGCGGAAGCAGUGGCUCGGGAGGAACCCAAGGCGGAGCUCAAGGUGGUUCCGACAGUGAGGGUGGCUCUGGAGGUAACGAUGGACCAAAGUCAGGGGGUACUGAGUCUGAAGGCGAUGGCUCAGAGGGCGGCUCGGAUUCUGGCAAUGGAAGCUCUGGUGGCUCGGGAUCGACUUCUGGCGGCAAGGGUUCCGGCGGAGAUGAUGGCAAUAACUCCGGAUCAGGAGGAAGUAAUGCUGGAGGGGAUAGCGGUGCUUCAGGCCAGUCAUCCUCAUCGCGAAGAGGAAGUACUUCUCGUCGCUCAAGCACUCGACCACCAAUUGUCAGAACAUCACCCUCAACCUACGUCGUCACAUCCAGCAGCACUGUCUUCACCAUAACCGCCGAUGUCGUCGAGACUCUCACUGCCGAACCUCAGAGAACCCGACGAUCCAGCAGCACCCAGCGUCUUACUGGCGGAGUCGAAGGCCUAGGAGGCAGCGGCACUGCAGUCACCGACAGAACGACAUUUAGACGUCCUUCAAACAGCCGAUCUACAGGAUCUGCGGCCGGUACUGCUGGCGAAGCUGCUUCUGGAGUUGAGUCUGACCCUCCACAAACUACAAAGGCUCCUGGAAGUCCUUCAAGUACCAGAAGAGCUGGUGCUUCAUCAAGCUCGGGAUACACUGGUACUGUUGAUACGCGCGUUCGUCCUGGAGGCAGUGGCCUGAGCUCUUCGCGCACCAGGACAUCGACCUCUGGACAAGCCUCUCGAUCUUUAGGUGGAGAGACUACUAUUGUCGAUAGUGGUCCCGUCAUAACAAAUGAUCCUGGCUCCGAUGCAGAGGAAGCUACGUCAUCUGGCGGAAAUGCCGCCCAGAGCUCAUCUACUCGCUCGGCCCAGAGGUCAAGUGCCUCUCAAUCCACAAGUGCGCAAAGGCCUGUUGCAGCAACUUCUUCGUCAGGUACUCGUUUCACUGCGAGACCUGCUGUUAUAUCGACUAACGGUGGUAAUGCUGAAGCUGGAAGAACAUCGCAGGCUUCGCAGAGAAGCAGCAGGGCUACUAGCGCAGUAUCGGGCUUUGUUGAAGGUGACCCUGAAUCAACUGCGGCAGGGAACAAUGGCGGUACAGUCUCGGGAGACAGUGAGGCAACAUCACAAGGAUCACGAGCUUCCAGUAGAUCACAGUCAACCAGUGCUGUUAGCGCCGGCUCUUCUUCAGCUGCAGCAAGAUCUAGUGCUUCGUCCACCUCGCGUGAGGGCUCAUCUGCGUCUGAUGCAGCCAGAGGAUCCAGCGCAGGUACUUCAACAGCAUCUCAGGGCGCAGGCCAGGGCUCAAGAACCUCCAUAACAAGCGAGGAGUUCAAUUUCGAGACACUUAUUGGCACUCAGAGCGUUCCGGAGUCGGAGCGCGUGGAACAGCCUGGUGAUACCUCGUCGACUCGCUCAGCGACAAGCAGUGGUGCUGGAUUGACAGGCCAGCCAGCUGGAGGAGUUGGAGGUUCAGCCACUGCUGAGCCAAACUCACAAAGCACCGGUGUUGAUGUAGAUGAUGACGCGACGACAUCUAGUGACGAGUCGCUCGCUGGAGGACCUACUGAUGGUGCUACGUCUGGAAGUGCAGAUGAGAGCUCUGUGACCGACGACUCUGAUGCUGAGACCUCCGCUUCUGGAGAUCCUAACUCGGAGACGGCAUCCGAUGAUGCUCGUACUGCCUCAGGCGACCCUGGUACAAUUCUCAUUGAGACGCCUACGUCAGGUUCAGGCUCUGGUCCUGCUAAUGUCACUGUCUACACUGGCGUCUCUGCCACUGUCGCCACUACUCGUUUCAUUCCCGGUACAGCUUCAGAUGAACCUGGAACGUUCAUUGUCGAAACGCCAAUCGGCAGUCCAAUUUAUGUGACAGUCUACAGUGGCGGACCAGGUACAGCUGUUACAACGAUCUAUCUGACACCAAGUGAAUCUGGCGAUUCUACGACUAUGAUCAUCCAGACUCCCACUCAAGGAUCUGAGGGUUCUGCUACAGAUGAUAGUGACGUGUCUGAGACUGGAACUAUUACAGAAGCUUCAGGCGCAUCGGCGGCUCUCCGUGGGAACGUCACCAUCUAUACCCAAGCUCCUGGCACAGCUGGCGGAACAUUCUACUUCCCACCUGAUGACCCAGAAGAGUCGGGUACUGUUAUCAUUGAGACACUGUCCGGUGAUGCUGAAGAGACUGGCGCUGAGUCUACUGCAGGUCCAGUGGCCAUAACUGCUGGUGGCCGGGUCAAUACCACGAUCUUCAGCGGCGGUCCAGUAACUGCGCCUAGAACAUUAUACAUAUCGGCGACAGUUUCUGGGGAACCGGAUAUCGUCCUUGUCGAAACGCCAACCACUGGUCCAGAAGCAGAGGCUUCAGAGUCAGAGACUGGCCAGCGAUACACCACCGUCUUUGGUGGAGGGCCUGGAACAGCGACGAGAACUCUCACCAUUCCUGCUACAGUAUCUGGUGAGCUGGAUACUAUUCUGAUCGAGACACCGACUGGUGGUGCUCCCGAGGUCACAAUCACUAGAGGGGGGCCUGUCUCAGUCGCCACGACUGUUACUAUCCCUGGUGCGCCUGGCGAACCCGACACUGUUCUCGUUGAGAUUCCAACUGAAUCUGGCGAUGCUGGGCCCUCAGAGAGUGGUAGUGGCCCAGGCGAAGUGACUUCCACGCGCGGCGGACCAGUUACAGCUGCGACGACGAUCACAAUUCCUGGUCAAUUAGGCCAGCCUGACACUGUUAUUAUUGAAACGCCGACUCGUGCGGCUGAUGUCACAAUCAUAAGGGGGGGACUUGUUUCAAUCGCUACGACUGUAACAAUCCCUGGAGCACCUGGUGAGCCAGACACGGUUCUUGUGGAAAUACCAAUUGAGUCUGCCGAUCUAUCAGUAACUGGAAGUGGUGCAGGUGAAAUAACUUCCACUCGUGGUGGGCCAGUCACAGCCGCAACUACGAUUACCAUCCCAGGUAUAUCAGGUCAGCCAGAUACUGUUAUUGUUGAAACACCCACUACUCCCUCUGAUGGUGAGGUAUCUACGACGACUGGAGACGAUCCAAUUGAAGUGACAUCUACUCGGGGAGGACCGGUAACAGCUGCAACUACUAUUACUAUUCCUGGCGAGUCAGGACAGCCAGACACCGUUAUUAUUGAAACUCCUACAAGAUCUUCAGAUGAUGAAACAACAGAAACUGGAAGCAGCCCAGAAGAGGUAACUUCAACAAGAGGAGGACCUGUAACAGCAGCGACGACCAUCACCAUCCCUGGUGGGCCGGGCGAGCCAGAUACCGUCGUAGUUGAGACUCCAACGAGGUCAAAUGAACCUCCCGUAACUGGCGGUGUUCAAGCAAUUACUUCAACAAGAGCUGGAUCCGUGACAGCAGCAACUACUAUAACCAUCCCUGGCGAGUCCGGUCAACCUGACACGGUUAUCAUCGAGACACCUCGACCGUCUGAUGAGGAUGAACCAUCUACAACUGAAGAUACUCAAGAAGAAGUUACCAUUACUCGCGGCGGACCUGUAACUGCUGCCACUACCGUUACUAUCCCUGGAGUAUCUGGUGGUCCGGAUACAGUGUUCAUUGAGGUACCUACCACGUCGAAUGACCCUUCAGUGACUGGCGGAUUACAAGCGAUUACUUCUACACGAGGAGGAUUUGUGACAGCUGCUACAACUGUUACCAUCCCCGGGGAGCCAGGUCAGCCGGAUACCGUUAUAGUUGAAACACCUCUAUCUUCUGGUGAGGUUGUACCAUCUGCCACUGGGGGACAAGGAGAUGUGACUAUCACUCGCGGCGGAUCUGUAACUGCUGCCACGACAGUGACUAUCCCCGGAGUGUCUGGUGGUCCAGACACCGUGUUUGUGGAAACGCCAACUCAAUCUUCCGAAGAGCCUACAAGAACUGCUGUUCAGGAAGUCACAAUUACUCGGGGUGGUCCUGUUACAGCCCCUACCACAGUUACCCUCCCUGGAGUAUCCGGUGGUCCUGAUACUGUUUACAUCGAGGUUCCAACAGAGUCUGUUGGAACCGGAGCUGUUCAGCAGACUACUAUUACGCGUGGUGGCCCUGUAACAGCUGCCACAACUUACACCAUUCUCGGAGCGGCGGGAGAGCCAGAUACUGUUUAUAUCGAGACACCUACCGAGUCCGCUAGUGAGGUUAGUGAAACACCAGUAACUGGAGCCGUUCAAGAAGUCACUAUUACAAGAGGCGGUCCGGUCACAGCAGCAACCACAGUCACAAUCCCUGGUGUUUCUGGGGGACCAGACACGGUCUAUAUCGAGAUACCCACGGAACCUGCAGCUGCAGGCACGGAGCCGCCAGUGAGUGGAGCUGUUCAGGAAGUCACCAUCACGCGUGGAGGUCCCGUCACGGCGGCAACAACAAUUACUAUUCCCGGAGCUUCUGGAGAGCCAGAUACUGUUCUGGUUGAAGUUCCUAUUGAGUCUGCUGGGCGAUCCUCAGAAACAGGCUCUGUACGUGAGAUCACUAUUACAAGAGGUGGCCCAGUUACAGCAACGACAACGCUUACGAUUCCUGGCGAGUCUGGUGGACCUGAAACUGUACUGGUUGAGAUUCCAACAAGCUCUUCUAACGAUAACAAUGAGCCAUCUAUAACUGGUUCGGCUCCGGAAGUCACUAUUACACGAGGCGGACCAGUUACAGCCGCCACAACGAUCACUAUUCCAGGCUUAUCAGGGGAGCCAGAUACUGUACUGGUUGAGAUUCCAACUAGCUCUUCUGGCGAUAGCGAGGAGACUCUCAUAACUGGCUCAGUUAGGGAGGUCACUAUCACACGGGGAGGGCCAGUCACGGCUGCAACAACACUCACGAUCCCGGGUGAGUCCGGAGGACCAGAUACCGUGUUGGUCGAGAUCCCGACUAGUUCAUCUAAUGAAGGCGGUUCUACCCAAAGAGAAGUUACAAGUACUCGUGGCGGCCCUGUUACAGCUGCUACAACCAUCACUAUACCCGGUGUAUCAGGCGGACCAGAUACUGUCAUCAUCGAAACCCCCACUGAGUCUGCCAUUGAGCCAUCCGAGACUGAUGACCGUCAAGAGGUCACCAUUACCCAAGGUGGCCCUGUUACAGCCGCGACAACGAUUACUAUUCCAGGCUUAUCAGGAGAACCAGACACUGUCAUCGUCGAGAUACCUACUGGUGCUUUUGAGACUCCCAACAACGCUCUCGCCAACGUCACUGUCUACAGUGGCGGCCCCGUCUCAGUCACUCGUACCAUCUAUCUCCCGCCCACCGCAUCUAGCGAGGCUGGUACUAUCGUUAUAGAAACACCUGAUGGUUCUAGUCCCACUGAAACUGCCCGUGGACCUGGCAAUGUCACUAUAUACACUGGUGUCGCUGGUACAGCUACGAGAACCGUCUUCAUACCUGCUACAGCUUCAGGAGCACCAGGCACGGCACUUAUCGAAACGCCAACGGUUUCUGAGGAGACGACAGGAAGUAUUGUUACAACAGCGGCAGGACCUCUUACUACUUCUGAGGGCAGACCGAACACUACAAUCUACGGCGGUGGAUCUGGUUCAUCGACAAGGACGGUGUACUUCCCACCAGCUUCUGACGACCCCGAUGGCCUUGGGACCGUUGUCAUCGAGACACCAACCUCUGGUUCGGAAGAGGAAGAUCCCGAAUCAGCAACCAGCGCCAUUGCUACUGGAGGACCAGCUAACAUCACACGAAUUGUUGGAGGUCCUGGCUCGAUCACCGCCACUAUCUACAUCCCACCAACUGCCUCUGGUGAGCCCGGUGUUGUGGUCAUUGAGACGCCAACUUCAGGCCCCGAGGAUGAGACAACGGCCAGCGAGACUGCUGCAAACACAGCUUUCCCGGUAGGCAGGCAAAACGUCACUCUCUACAGCGGUGGUCCAGGUUCGGUUGUAACAACUAUCUACUACCCACCUGCAUCAAGCGAUCUUGAUGAGCCUGGUACGGUGGUGAUCCAGACCCCAACGGCUGGUCCUGUAGAGGAGGCAUCGACUUCUGGAAGUGAAGCCGCUACUCCAAUCCAGAACAUUACUCGCAUCGUGGGAGGACCUGCUUCUGUCACAACGACGAUCUACAUCCCUCCCACUGCCUCUGGAGAACCUGGAGUUGUCAUUAUUCAGACGCCUACAGCCAUUCCUGAGGAGGGAGAGACACUUUCAGCAUCUACCACUGAAACAGCCAGUGAUGGGGAAACAACUGGUAUCCCCAAUGUCACUCGCUACGUCGGCGGUCCAGCUUCUAUCAUGACAACAUACACAAUACCCCCUGCGUCCUCUGGAGACCCAGGAACAGUGGUCAUUCAAACCCCUUCUGCCAGCCCUGGCGAGAGCGCUUCAGCAACUGAGAUUCCAGACGUCACUAGAUACAUCGGUGGCCCAGCUUCAGUCACUACGACUUAUACUCUCCCUCCAGGUUCACCUGGAGAGCCAGGUACCGUCGUUAUUCAAACCCCAACUGCCAGUCCUCAAGAAAGCGCUACGUCUUCCCCGCCAGCUGAAAUCCCCAAUGUCACUCGUUACGUCGGCGGGCCAGCGUCAGUUACGACGACCUAUACCCUCCCUCCAGCUUCUUCUGGAGAGCCGGGCACGGUGGUCAUUCAGACUCCCUCAGCUGGCCCCACUGCAGAAACGACACUUAGCCAGGCUAUCACAAGUGUUGAGUCUCCAAGCGCAAUUCAGAACGUCACUCGCUUCGUUGGAGGCCCAGCAUCAGUUACUACAACAAUCUACAUUCCCCCCGCUGCAUCCGGUGAACUCGGCACAGUACUCAUCCAAACCCCAAGCUCUGCUCCACAGGAGACUUCAUCAACACCAGCCACUAGCACAACACGACCACCAACGGUCCCACAGAACACAACUAUCUUCGGCGGCGGACCAGGCUCAAUCACAAGAACCGUCUAUAUCCCCCCUGCCUCAGUAGGCGAGCCAGGAACAGUCCUCAUCGAGACUCCAACAGCAAGUCCCGUAGCUUCUACCAGUCCUAUCACUGGCGCACCAGCAGGCAUUCCAACAACUUCUACCCCCAUCGUCGCUGGUACCAAUGUCACUAUCUUUAGAGCUGCUCCUCCCACAGCUACAGCUGAACGGACUUUGUAUGAUCCACCGACCGCGGCUGGAGAGCCUGGUACUGUCAUUAUCGAGACAAUGGUUGUGUCUUCGACUUCUGGUACAACUGCGCCGUUGAGUAUGGUGACUCCUGCUGUCACAACUUUAAGUGGCUCUCCAACUAGUUCUUCUGCUAUCGCUUCGCCGUCAUCUACAUCAAGUAGUGCGGCGGCUGCAGCAAGUUCAUCAAGCAGUGUUGCAGCAGCAGCGGCUUCGAGUUCUUCCUCUGUUACAGCAGCUGCCAGUUCCUCCAGUAGCGCUACGGCCGCAGCAGCUUCGUUAACCUCAUCAAGCAGUACUGCUGCAGCUGCUAUGUCAAGUUCUUCCAGCGCAGCCGCAGUAUCUACAUCAAGUUCCUCAGCUGCAGUUAUCGCGGCCAGUUCCUCUAGCGCAGCAGCAGCAGCAGCCUCAAGCUCAUCAAGUGCCGCCGCCGCCGCUACAUCUUCAACAUCAAGCGCAGCUCCAGCACCAGUCACCACAAGGUCAACCAGCGCUGCGCCCCCAGUAAUCACCACAUCCAGCAGCGCAGCCGUCCCCGUAAUCGCCACCUCCUCCACCAGCUCCUCCAGCACAAGCAUGAUGCCCCAACUCUCAUUCGGCCCAACAUUCGACUGCGAUGGCUUCGGCUACACCGUCCAAAGUCUCCUCGCCAACACCCUCACACGCGUCAAUCUCGUCACCGGUCAACGAACAGACAUCAGAACGGGUAUUGGUCCAGCCGGUCCUAUCAACGGUAUCGGCUUCAAUAGGUUCGAUAACUACAUCUACGGCUUCUCCCAACUGCCACUUCUCAAUGGCCUUGCUUGUGCCGUUCUGGGAUGUAAGCAAUCAAAGCUCAUCCGUAUUGCUAAGGAUGGGCGAUGGGAGAGUCUUGAUCUUGUGAUUGGUUCGAAUGCUAUUAGUAUGGGCGAUGUAGAUGAUCAAGGAAGGUUCUGGGUAUCGGAAGGGGGCGGUAGAUGGUGGUGCAUUGAUUUGAGACCGACCAGUAGCACUUUCGGCAAGCUUCUGAACUCCGGCACGUCUGCCACCAAUCUCCUUUCCGGAGUGGGUGACUGGGCAUAUGUCCCCGGUGGCGGAAACUAUCUCUACGCCUUACAAGCAUCCGUCAUCGAGAACGGCCUCCUCAGAACAAACAUCGUCCGCUGGUCUUUGACCACACAAAAGUGGGAGAAUUACCAAGCGUACCCAGGCAUCCUCAACACAGCGCUCAACCUCGUCUGGGGUGCUGUAAUGGCAGCGCCAGGCGGAACGCUCUUCGCUCAAGAGUCUGUCCUCGGACAGACGUGGAAGUUCACACUCGGAUUCGGAGCCCCGGAUCCGACGCCCAUACCAGGCGGUGCUAUUCUCAACUUGCUAGGAUCGGAUGGAGCCAGGUGUGCAAGUGCUGCAGUUUCAUGA